GGGACUUCCAGCGCCGGUUGCUAUGACAAGCGCGGCUCUUCCUUAGCAACGGCGCUGGGCCGCGGCGGCCGCGCAGCAGUGUCCUCUAGGCCAAGAAGCGUUUCCUCCUGCUGAGGAGAGGAACAAAAAGCCCUGUUUCUCUCAGCUGGUUGUGCUACAGCUCUUUGCUGAACUCCAGGGAGCCCCUCCGCCCCUUCCUGGAGUCUCUGUGGAAGGACCAUGGAAGAAACUGAGGAGGAAAAAAAGGACGAGGCUGAUUAUAAAAGGCUUCACAGUUUUCCUCUGAUUAGGCACUCGGACAUGCCGGAGGAGAUGCGUGUGGAGACCAUGGAGCUGUGCGUCACGGCGUGUGAGAAGCAUGCCACCAACAAUGAGAGUGCUGCCAAGAUGAUCAAAGAGACGAUGGACAAGAAGUUUGGGUCCUCCUGGCACGUGGUGAUUGGGGAAGGUUUUGGCUUUGAGAUCACUCACGAGGUGAAGAACCUGCUGUACAUGUUCUUUGGUGGCAGCCUGGCCGUGUGUGUCUGGAAGUGCUCCUGACCCCUGGCCGUGUCCCAGACUUGCUGAAUACAAGUGAUUUCUUCCUGCUCUUGACAAGUUUUGUAUGAUCUGGAGGUGGGGCUUUAUUUUUAAUACUUAAAUGUCAAGAUUUCUUUUUUUCAUACUGACGUAACAGUUCUGUGGGAUUCAUAAGGUUGGUGCAUGUGUGUGUAUGAACCUGCUAAACUGUCCUGUCCUUCCUUGUGGGAUUUCUCAUCUGUCUGUGGCUCUUUCCUUGGUGUUUGAGCUGGAGCAGGAGAGAAGUGAAGAAUAGGUAGUCUCACAACACACUGCACAGCACCCCUAGCAGGGGAAAGCAAAAGUAAAAGCAAAAAGGUGCCAUCUAGCCCUAUGUUUUUUUAACUUCCAUUUAUUCCACAUAGUUUUCCUCUUUUCUCUGCUUUCUUUGCUACCAUGGCUCUGACUAGUACCUGUCUUUCCUCUCUCUGGAUGCUGCUUAUACAUUCUUCCUCCCUUCUGAGAUGUCUAUGCAGACCUGAUAGCACCAAGGGUCUCCCUUCAGGCUGUCUGUGGAGGUGUGAGCCACAGGGAAGCAGUCCCAGAUUGCCCUUCCCUGCUGUUUUGGGAGGGUACAGCAGCUGAGCUGCCUGGGCGUAGGAGGUUGCUAUGCAAACUGCCCCCUCCUUUCUCACCCACAGCACACUGAGACAGCAUGAAAACACAGGCGGCUGACGAUGCCUGGGGAGUGGGUGAGAGCUCUUUUUAAGGCUCAAAUGCCUCCCUGUCAGUUCUUGGGGGUGUUGCAAGUGCUGUGUACUUUCAGCAUCUUGUUUGGAGGUUGACAGAGGAAGAAGGCUCCAUGUGAAAUAUAACUUGGUCAUCGGAAACCUAACGUCGUUCUGGACUUGCGUUCUUUUAGCCUGUUUCAUUUUUUAUAGCUGUUGGUGUUGGAGGAUGGAAUGACCGUAACUGUGUUACACGUAUGGUUUAUUUAUAAAACCUGGGGAACUGUGCUUUUACAAUAAAAAUUCCAUAAAAUGUC